GAUCCUUUACAUGUGUUUGAGAGGUAUAACACGCUCGGUUUGUUGUUGUCCUGCAGAUAUAGCGAUCAGGACGGAGGUUUUUUUUCUCAUCAGACGCAUUUAUUUCUGUCGACUCUGACGUCAAGAGAAUACACGUUUCAUUCAACAGGCAAGAAGGUAAGUUAUUUAUAGCCCCACAGCAUCUCCAGGUUGUGAUCCUUGAGUGCGCAGUGAAAGGAAUAGUCCCCAUUGGACCAGAUGUAGUGCGCCUCCAUAACAAAAGCCACGCAGCUCAUGCGUUAUGGUGCCAGAGAGAUGCGGCGCCCUGUAACCUAAACUAGGACGCGUUGAUGGGAAACACAAAAACGGGGAUAUCGCGAAGAACUGCCACCAAACUUUCUGUGUCUGAAUAACACAUUUCCAACCCGAUUUCUUCCCUCUUAUACAAGACAGAGCACCGGGUACUUUGAGCAUGGAAAACCGUCUCCUCCGAGCAGGGCUGUGAGCUUUAAGUUCAAAACUGAGAGGAUCUGCGAUUGGUUUCGGAGAUGGCCGACAUCCUGGAGCUGCGGACAGAUGGAAACUCGCUCCUGAAGGCAGUAUGGCUCAGACGCUUGAGACUCACCCGGCUCCUGUUGGACGGAGGUGCCUAUAUCAAUGAGAGCAAUGAACGAGGAGAGACACCACUCAUGGUGGCCUGCAUGUCCACGCACACCGACCAGCAGAGUGUGAGCAAGGCAAAGCUGGUGAAGUAUUUGCUGGACAACCAGGCAGACCCCAACAUACAGGACAAAAUAGGCAAGACAGCUCUGAUGCAAGCCUGCAUCCACAAAGCUGGACAUGAGGUGGUGGAUCACCUGCUGAGCAACGGAGCUGAUCCGAGUCUGGAGGACAGGAGUGGAGCCUCAGCCCUGGUCUAUGCCAUCAACGCAGAUGAUAAGGAUACACUGAAGCUGCUCCUGGAUGCAUGCAAAGCUAAAGGCAAGGAGGUCAUCAUCAUCACCACAGACAAGUCACCUUCUGGUACGAAAACUACCAAACAAUACCUGAAUGUCCCCCCAUCACCAGAGCUGGUUGAGAGGUCCUCCCCAGCAUACUGCACCUCUCCCUCUGAUAUCGAUGUUAGUGCAUCUCCCACUCCUGAGCAAGAGCAACAAAAUACGGUCUUCAGUUUUCAGACAAAGCUGAAAACUUCUAGUUCAGCUGCGAAGCUUGCCAGCGGGCCCACGUCUCCAACACGGCGGCCUGUGAACCCCAAACGUGCACGUUUGCCUCAGCUGAAAAGGCUGCAGUCGGAGCCUUGGGGGCUAAUUGCCCCCUCAGUCCUGGCUGCAGCCGCUGCCCAUGAGGAGAGUAAGAAAUCCAGCUCUGAUGACGAUGUUGUUUCAGGGGUAAACGGACUCUCUCUGAGUAAGAGAUCGGUUUUAUCUCGACAGAACAGUGUGGAUGGGAAGGAAAGUUUAUUCCCACUGGUAGGUGAACAGGCCUGCAAAAUGACAACAUCACAGUCGGGUCCUUCAUUGUCUAAGGCAUCAUAUGAGAGGUCUCUAAACCAGCACCAGCCACUGGCACGGCGCAGUACUGUACCCAACGAGCAGGAGAGCAGCAGCUGCAGCAGUGGAGUAGCCAAUCUGAGAGACACAAUGCACAGGAGACGUCUUGGGAACGAUCAUUAUGAUUCAGACUCACAGCUCUAUUCAGACUCUGCGAUGUUAGACUCUCCUAAGGUCCCAGUGGAGCGAAGAAAACUAAACACUUCUCCUCUAGCAAUGCUGACCAGCUCCAGAGAGUCUCUCGACAGCAACACCAGCACAUCCUCUCCCAGCACAGCACGCAGGCGUGUGCCCGGCCUCCUGGAGAGGAGAGGCUCGGGCACGCUGCUGCUGGACCACAUCUCUCACACCAGGCCCGGCUUCUUGCCCCCUCUCAACGUCAACCCCAACCCUCCCAUCCCUGACAUCGGGGCCUGCAAGCCCUCCUCACCUCUCUCCACAGGUAUUAGAUCUAUAGCUCCAGUAGCACCGACCACACCAAAGAGAGGUGGCCUCAAGUCCAAGAAGAAACUGAUAAGAAGGCACUCUAUGCAAGUGGAGCAGAUGAAGCAGCUUUCGGAUUUUGAAGAGCUGGCUCAUUAGUUUGUGACAUGAUUAUGCAGCACGGUUUGUGGGAGUAGAGAUGUUAACUUGUCAAAAAGUACGUUCACAGGUUCAGUUCACUCAGCCGUCUAGAUGUUGAAUAAUGUAUCAUUUAGAUUUUUACACACACAGAUAUAUAUUUACAUAUAUAGAUAUAUAUGUACAUGUUUGUGUGUUUGUGUACUUGUACUUAUAUCUUUGUGAGGAUCCUUUUUGAGCCUAGACCUUACGGAUUGAGGACAUUUUGGAAAGGUGAGAACCUUUCAGCUGGUUGUCACUGUUACUGUUAAAGGGUUAAGACUUGCUUUCAGGUUUAGAGUUAGAAUUAGAUGUAGAUUAGUUGAAAUGGUUAAAGUUAUGGAAAGGGGCUGGAAAAAUACAUCAUACCAAUGGGUUUCCUCACUAUGAUAGAAGUAGAAGAAUGUGUGUGUGUGUGUGUGUGUGUGUGUGUGUGUGUGUGUGUGUGUGUGUGUGUGUGUGUGUGUGUGUGUGUGUGUGUUUUGAAACUGAGCAAUAUAGAUAGAUUUCCUCCCUGUGCUACAACCAACCUGAAGGAUUAUCAUCUUUUGACUUCACAACAUCUGCUGUAUAUGUGUUACAGUUUUUGAAUGUAAAUGCCAAGACGUGGUACUUUUCCUCUGAUCUAGCUCUCUUACAUGAUAACGUUAUGUGUAUGGAACACACAGGGUCCAUUUGUAGCCAGUAGGCCUCUUGGGUGCACUUUGUCCAUAUGUAAUUAGCACAAUUAAUGGACUUUCAUUGAAAAAGAACAAAACACGUGAUGCACUUGUCCGAGAUGUAGCUUAGAGUAACAUGAAAUUUGACUGUUUGUAGCAAAUUUGUACAAAGUGCCUUCAAGAUGAAGGAACUUAAACAAAAGAGUUGACAGAUACAUUUAAUGUAUUAAGAUUGUUUUUCAUUAAUGAUGAUGUAACCAAAAUGUGUUUUAUGUCGAUGUUGUUGGUUUCACAUGGAACAAAAUGACCACUCAGAAUACAUGUGAUGUGAAUGAAUGAACUACAUGCCUUAAGAAACAGGUAAACCAAUGGGCUAUGUAUAACAGCACUUUAUCGCCCAGGAGUAAAAAAAAAAAAUAACUCAAAAUAGUUGCUAUAAACAGUGUUAAAAAACAAAAGCACAUGAAAUUCUUGAUGAGUUCAAGUAACACUGAAUGACAUUUGACCCCUCAGUCGUCGGAGACAUUGGUGAAAC